GUUCACUCUACAAAGUCCAGCAUACCAUUAGUUGUAAGAGUAAUCUCAGCAUCAGAUAAGGUUUCUUUUAAGAACAAUAUCCCACUCAUUUUAAUUCAUUACUCUCAACCCCUUAUAUAUAGUCACAAUGGGUGCUCCAAUUUCUUCAAGCUUAGGUGCUGAAAAGCCGGUGGUGAUAUUCAGCAAAAGCACUUGCAGUAUGUGCCAUUCCAUCAAGACUCUGAUAAGAAGUUAUGGGGUGAAUGCUACAGUGUAUGAGAUAGAUGAAGACCCAAAGGGGCAGCAAAUGGAGAGAGAGCUGAAGAUGCUGGAUAGUAGUAGGCCGAGUGUACCAGCAGUUUUCAUAGGCCAUGAACUGGUUGGUGGCCCUGAUGAGAUAAUGAGCCUCCAACUCAAGGGCAAGCUGGUGGACUUGCUCAAAGAGGCAAAUGCCAUAUGGGUUUAAUUAUGAAGAUAUUGAAAAGACAAAAAAAUCACUCCACAUUUCGUAUGAAAUAUGACUAUUAUGAUAAUGGCCAUGGUUUCAACUUACAAGGUUGGCUGCUGAAAAACCAGUGGUAACUUUUAGUAAAAGCUGUUGCUGAAUCUCCAAAUUUAUAGGGCAGCUAUUAAAGAGAGCUGAAAGCAGUAGGAUAUAUGUAAGACAAGUUUAAUUUAUAGGGCAGGAGCUGAUCAUAGCUGUCCAAAUGAGAUCAUGACACUCCAUCUCAAGGGCAGGCUACUCAAGAAUGCCCAUGCAUGCUGUAUGGGUUUAGCUUUUAUAUAUGCAUGAUAAGAAUAAGUCGUAUGUGUCUCUUUUUUUAGGUAAAAGUGUGGUUAUGGCUAUGCUUCAGUAGUUUUUGUUAGCCUUUAUUUUAACCUUUACAACUUCUGUAUACUAUGUAAUGUCAAUCACGAUAUGCAAUCCUAAUUUACAAGAUGG